AUUUUCACUCGACCAACUGUAGACACAACGGACAUCGCUCUCAAACUCUUCGCUCUCUCCUUCUCCGCUCGAUUCCCAUACUGAUUUUUCUUCUCUGUCCCCCGUUUGAUCCGUCAAUCAUGAUGCAGAAGCUAGGGUUUCCGAGCUUCAGGAGCUUGGACCAGUUCAGGUCUCGGCCAGCGUCCGCCUCCGGGACCGCGAAGACCUCCUCCUUCUCGUCGCGUCCAUCGACGGACUCACUUUCGAUCGGAAGCUUCGCGAAUCUGAAGCUCACUGCAGAGAAAUUGGUGAAAGAGCAAGCCUCCGUGAAGACUGAUCUCGAAAUGGCGACCUUGAAAUUGAAGAAAUCAACGGAGCACAUCCGUACACUAGAGGACAAACUGCAGAAUGCCUUUAAUGAGAAUGCUAAGCUCAAGGUGAGGCAGAAGGAGGAUGAGAAGCUGUGGAAAGGACUGGAGUCUAAAUUCUCUUCAACGAAGACGUUGUGCGAUCAACUAACAGAAACGUUGCAACACUUGGCCGGUCAAGUCCAAAAUGCUGAGAAAGAUAAGGAGUUCUUUGACGACAAGUUAUCGGCUAGUUCAGUUGCUAUUGAUGGGUUGAAUCAACAGAUGGCUGCUCUUUCCAUGAAGUUAGAGUCUGCAGAGGAGACCAUUCAAAGACGUGACAAGGAAUUGAUGGAACUUGGAGUUGAGAAAGAAGAACGAGAGAAAUUUCACAGAGAUGAACAGUGCAGGACAGCCAAUCUCAUAGAGGAGAAAGAUGCAACAAUCAAGAAAUUUCAAGCCACUCUAGAGGAAAAUGCAAUAGCCAUGGACAAUUUGAAUUCUACAUUGGGAGAAGUGCAAUCCAAAUUGAUAUCAAAAGAAGAUGAAAUCAAACAAUUGAUUACCACUCAACAAAAUUUAGAAAAAGACAAGAAGGAACUUCAGUUGAGAAAUGAAGAUCUCGGUAGUAAGUUGGUAUUGUCACUCCAAGAGAUCAAAAGUCUCGAAAGGCUUGUUCACCUGAUUGCUGCACAGCUGGCAGAAUUGAAUAAGAAAAGUUCGAUUUUUCCGGAAAAGUUUGAUCAGCUGAACUCCCUGUACGAGUCUUGCUUCAAGUUAGUUCAAAAGAAGACGGAUGUUACCAAUCAACUUGCUAAGAAGAGGCAUAAUAAGCUGCUGAGCGAGCUCUUGUUCACAACAUCAGAGAAGGAUGCUUUGCAAAUGAUGAAUCAGGAAUUAAAUAGUAAGGUCACAGAACUUCAAAAAUCUCAUGUGGUGGCUAUAACACAGCUUGCAGAGGAACUUCGAAUAUCAUGUGAGAGAAUUCAGUGCUUGGAGUCUGAAGCAGAAACCCUUGUCUCAAGGAGGAUUGAGUCUGAAUCGCUGGUUUGUGAAUUAGAGCAGAAAAUUAGCUCUCUUCUGGAGAGUGCAAAAUCCUCUGAGGAUAGAAUGCAAGAUUUGCUGGUCAAGUAUUCAGCAUUAGAGAGUGAGAAAGAUGAUGAUAAUGAGAAAUCACAAGCAGAGAUACAGAAAAAGGCUGAAGAAAUACAAUUGCUUCAAGAUGUGAAUGGGAAAAUUGAGAAGCAAAAGGAUGCACUUGAGAAUCAAGUUGAAGAUCUCAAAAAUGUGUUAGAGGAGAAGGAGAACUUUAUUCUGAGUUACAAGGAUAGAGAAAAGAAGCUAGAAGACCAAAUUUCCGAGAAUCAGGCAUUACUGACUUCAGCUGAACAUAGACUAGCAGAAUCCAAGAAGCAGUACGAUAUGAUGCUUGAUAAUAAAAAGAUGGAACUUUCGAGGCAUUUGAAAGAACUUUGUCAGAAGAAUGAUCAGGCCAUUAACGACAUCCGAAGAAAAUUUGAGCUGGAAAAGCAGGAGAUUGUGAAUCAGGAAAAAGAAAAGGUGGACAGAGUGGUCGGACAAUUGGAACUGGAGUGUGAUAAAAAACUUUCUGAUUGCAAAGAAGAAUCAAGGCAGCAUUUGAUAUCUGUUCAGGAGGAACAUGCUGCUCUAGUAAAUCGCAUUCAUCAGGAAAACAACCAGAAGGAAUUGCUUCUCAAAACCAGCCACAAUGAAGAGAUGAAACAUGCCCAGAUCCAAGCUGAAAACGAGCUGAGAGAGAGAACAACCGCACUUAGGAAUGAACAUGAAGCCAAGAUGAAAGCUGUACAGUGUCAGUAUGAAGACGAAUGUAGAAAACUGCAAGAAGAAUUGGAUCGGCAGAAAUCCAAAGAAGAUAGACAGAGAGCUUUAUUGCAAUUACAGUGGAGAGUAAUGGCUGACAAGCCACAGGAGGAUCAAGAGGUCUCUUCAAGAAAGGAGUAUUCGAUCACUUCAAUGAAGAAGAGGAAUUCUAAUGAUAGUAGAAGAAGCCAGCAGGUCUUAAGACCAGAAGAUGAAGAGCAGGAUUCACCUCUCCCGAAAGCAACUCAAACACCUGUGUCAAAAUUGUUGAAAAAAGUGGAGAACACUAAUACUGGUAGUGUGGCGAGUAUUCCCAAGCAUAGCAAGAAAGUAACUCACCGUGAAUAUGAAGUUGAAACAACAAAUGGAAGGACAAUUACCAAAAGAAGAAAAACAAAGAGUACAGUAAUGUUUGAGGAUCCAAGAAAACAUAAGAGGAUGGUUUCACCAAGACUUGGCACCCCCAAGGAUGUGAAGGGAACAAAGGGAGUUCAUCCUCCAUGCAGUUCAAAUAUUGGUGAUUUGUUCACAGAAGGAUCAUUAAAUCCCUAUGUCGAUGAUCCUUAUGCAUUUGACUGAGGGGGCACGACCAGUUGAACAUGCUCAGCAUCACACUACCAGGUUGCAUUUCUUCUGGAGAAAAGAUUCUUCUGCGACAUCUUUGGGUCAAAUGGUUUGCAAGAUACUGGCAUCCUUUGUAAACCUGUAUAUUCACAGAAAUUACGAGUGGGACGGUACAGACGUAUGCUUCUCAUUUUCACUUUUUCAUCACUUGCACUCACAUUGCAGAUGUCUGGUGUUGGGCAUUCAUAUAUGUUAAGUAGGACAGCAAAAAUGACACCGCAGUUUUGCAUCAGAAGCACCACCAUGUCUGCUCUUUCCUGUUCCCUGAUGGAAUAUUACUUGGUCUCUACAGCACUUAAAAUUGGCACUAUGAACAUUGACUAUCCAAUUUUGUUG